AUCACAUGUCAAUCAAAGUCUCGGCUUGUGAUUGGUCGACAUAAACAAGUUGCCAUUUCAUUCUUCCGCCCUCGAGAGGGUUUAUGAAUUUAUAGACAAACUGUCACUGAUUGAUGUUGAAAUUUAUGUGAGAAACUCAUAAAAUACUCCGAGAGUUAAAUGACGGAAGACAUAAGUGGCAGCGAGCACGAGUCUCCUGGAGAAAUGGCGACAACCUCAGAAAACGACUUAACGCUGCUGGACAGUGACGAAGAUUCCAUGAGGUUACUGUCGAGACAUACAGCCUUGCUGGGACUUAUGAACAAGACAGGAUAUGACAUCGUGCAGGAGAAUGGACAGAGGAAGUAUGGUGGGCCUCCACCAGGCUGGGAGGGCGCAGCCCCGCGGGACUGUGAGGUGUUUGUGGGCAGCAUUCCUAGAGACGUGUAUGAAGACGAGCUGGUUCCUUUGUUUGAGACAGCCGGAACUAUCUAUGAGCUGAGGCUGAUGAUGGACUUCAAUGGAGAGAACCGUGGCUACGCCUUUGUUAUGUACACCGAAAGAGAGGAAGCACUCAAAGCGAUCCAGACAUUGAACAACCAUGAAGUGCGUCCGGGGAAGUUCAUUGGCGUAUGCAUCUGCCUGAAUAACUGCCGCCUUUUCAUCGGGUGCAUUCCCAAAGACAAGAGCAAGGACGAGAUCUUGGAAGAGAUUCUCAAGGUGACAGACGGUGUGCUGGACGUCAGCGUGUACCCCACAGACAACAGCAAAAAUGGAGGUUUUGCAUUUGUGGAGUAUGAGACCCACAAAGCGGCGGCGGUGGCCCGCAAGAAGUUUGUCAGCGGAGCACAGCUGUGGGGACAAACCCACUGGGUGAACUGGGCCAAGCGGUACAAACGGCGCGAGGACAUGGAGAGACACUACACUAAUGUAGCCCAUGUACGUAAUCUCACGGCAAACACCACAGAAGAAGCGAUGCUGGCCAAGCCCAGCGGCAAGGGGGGAAAGAAGUAUGGCGGCAAGGGCAACCUGGGAUGUAAGAUGGGAGGAGGAGCCAAGGGGACAGUUAUCCCGCGCCACAGAGGUAUUAAUGACAGCUCCCCUCUAAAGGACAAGAAACUCCCCCCCAAUCAGAGUCCUCGGUCCUCUGCCGGACCAGCAGAGGCUGACGGGAACGUGUUGCCGCUCUUUCCCGGCACACAGCUCACCCGCACCAGCCUGCAGUCGCUGCAGCUGUGUCAGAUCAGGUCAGCCGUUAGCCUGCUGGAACUGUACUGCUGCAUGCAGUUCUGGCCCCCUCCCGAUUACCAGCUGUUCUCCAUUCUGGGUCAGGAUGGGAGUCUGCUGCUGGUCUACAAGGUGGUGAUGCCGCUGACAAAAAACACCUUCAUCCCAGACAAGUUGUGUGUGCUGCUUGAUGAUGCUAAAGAGCUAGCUGCAUGGAACGCACUGUGGAACCUCGAUGCGUCCUUCAUGACUCGUCUGUCAUCCAGUAAAACCUCCUCUAGACACAACACCUCCACCAUUACUUCCCUUCAUGGCGUGGCCUCCCCAUUCCCGCAGCCCCCCUUGGUUUUAUCCCCACUAGAGAGCCACUACCUGACCUCCUGGGGGUCUUUUUACUGAUGGUCAUGCGAUACGUGCUCGUUUACUCACAUUGAACAUUUUAUUCAGAAAGCCUCAUGGCACGUUGAAUGGUGUUUUUGUUCCCUGUAAAAUGAAUGUUCUUAAUUUGUUGGGAGAAGAGCACAUCAGAUCCACCUUGGACAACACACACAUAGCUUGAAUGCACAUUGACGUGCAUAUGAUAAAAGUUAGGAGAGUUAAGUAAUACAUGGCAAAUGGUCUUUA